AUGAAGAGAAAAUUCUAUUUUCCUAGUAGAAAAUUUAUUCAAACGAAUGCAAAUAAUGACAUGGCAGACAUGAAAACUUCCGAAGAAAAUAAAUAUUUCAAUUCUAAACCCAACGAACAGUAUACAAAUGAAUUAGCUAAAGUUUACGAAAUAGAUACUCGUGGAAAAUUUACAGUCAUAGUUCGUAGAUCAUUCGUUCGAAUGCAUAUUCGGCCAACAACAAAUAUAAAUCCAUGUUAUUCAUAUGAUGUAUCGUCUAUGUGUGAUUCAGAAGUGCUCUUACAAUCGAAUAGAACUCGUAACUAUGACUGGAAGCAAAAUAGAAAAGGAAAACGAAGGACACCAAUACAUAGAAGCAUGCAAAUAUUGAUAACAACAAUUAAAACCUCAUCGAAUUUGAUUGUUCAUGAAUCUACAACACAUAAUCCUGUACCAAUCAUCGUUCAGCAUGAGCAAUCUCAUUAUGGUUUCUAUGCAUUUAUUUUUGUUAUUAGUGUUGUUAUUCUUGGAUUUAUUCUAUGGUAUGUGUUUAUUAGACCAUCACAAACACCUAAAUCAACGAUUCGUCCGCCAUCCGAUGAUAGUGACUCAGACAAUAGUAAUGAUAAUAAUCAAUAUAAAGUGCAAACAUUAAAUGAUUAUAGAAGUGAUCAUAGAUCUUUACGAAGAAAUAAAAGUGCUAAUUCAUUAUUAUUUCAUGAUGACGAUGAUAAUCAUCUCGAAAGAAAAUAUUUCGAAUCGAUUAACUCUUCGACCAUUGGUGAAAUUCUUUCUGAAUUAAUUCAAAAUGAAGUUGACCUAGUCAAUGCGAAUCCAAAUCGACAAUCAUCAACUGAUCUUGCCUCAUUUCUUCGUGACUCAUCAGAAAUUUUUCAUAUAGUUCGAAAUAUCAUAACAGAAAAGUGUUCACGUCAAUUAUUAAAUCCGAAUAAUUUUCUUCAAUAUCAAUAUUUAAUUGAUAUUGUUCAUAGUUCAGAAUUUAUUCUUGAAUAUCUUCAUCAAAAUUAUUCAAAUGACCAAGUAUUUGUUAUCGAAAUCUUAACUAGUCUUCAUGAAAUCUUAUCAACAAUGAAUAAUAACUCGCAAAGAUGCCAAUAUAUUUGUCAAUGUCUUUUUGAUAUUCUUCAGAAACUAAAUAGAAAACAAACUUCUUGA